AUGGCCUCCGUAGCAAUUACUCGCGAAAAUGUCACGACCCUCUUCCCCGAAGUCCAUACGAGGCUGAUCGGCGCCGACAUGGCACCCAACGCCAUACCCAACGGGACCUCGGACACCAACUCGGACGACAUGCUCGCCGGUUACGACGAAGAACAAAUCCGCCUCAUGGACGAAGUCUGCAUUGUUCUCGACAACGACGACAUGCCCAUUGGCUCCGCCUCGAAGAAAGCCUGCCACCUGAUGUCCAACAUCAACCAGGGUCUUCUACACCGCGCAUUCUCCGUGUUUCUCUUUGACCCCAGGACGAAAAAGCUGCUGUUGCAGCAAAGAGCCAGUGAAAAGAUUACAUUUCCCGACAUGUGGACGAACACAUGCUGCUCACACCCGCUGGCACACCCUUCGGAGACCGGGAACGGCGAGCUGACAAGUAAUAUCGAGGGGGCCAAACGCGCCGCGCAAAGAAAACUCAACCACGAACUCGGCAUCCAAUCGUCACAGGUCCCCAUCUCGGAUUUCUCCUUCCUCACGCGCAUCCACUACCUCGCGCCGUCGGACGGGAAAUGGGGCGAACACGAAAUCGACUACAUCCUCUUCAUCGAAGCAGACGUCACGUUAGACAUCAACAAGAACGAAGCACAAGACACGAGGUGGGUGAGUCCGGAAGAGUUGAGGCAGAUGUUCAGGGACGUGGAGACUCAGAGCGGCAAGGACAAGGCACUGAAGUACACACCCUGGUUCCGGCUGAUUUGUGAAGGAAUGCUGUUUCACUGGUGGGAGAAGCUCGUGCAGGGCCAGUUGGGCGACGUGGCAAACGAGACGCAGAUCCGGAGGAUGUAA